AUGGAGAGCGCGGUGCAGGAGCUGAAGUUAGCCGAGCUGGCUAGGGCACUCUCUGACGCCCGACGACGGCUGCAGGACAAGGCCCGACCGCCUCCGUCGAGCUCGGGCGCGUCCGCGGCCGCUGCCCCAGAGACGCAGAGGCAGGCCAGCAAGAAGCAGCCUAGCGGCGACAACUGCCAGUGCGGCCUCUGCAAGGCGUUCGCCAAGGACGGCAAGCCGUGGGCGCUCAGGAAGAUGGCGAGGAAAGCGCAGGGCCUUGUGGAGGUGGCGGUCGGGCCGAAGUGCGAGGAGUGCUUCUCUAUUCACGAGGACGGCUUCUCCCACAUGGAGUGGGACGCGUUCUGCCAGGCGAACCAACAUGACGAACAGGUCAAGGCGGACAUCGCCGCCGCCAGGAAGGUGCACCCCAAGCAGGAGCCGCCGCCGACCCCCGUGCAGGAGGUCCUCGAGCGCACCGACCACGCGAUCGAGUCCAGGAGGUCUUACAUCGUCUUGACGGAGAGCGACUCGAGGAAGGCGUUGCAGACCAGGCGCCUCGCGAAGGAGAGCACUAAGAGCUUGUACACCGCACAGGUGCCGAAGGAGGGUGAGGAUGGUUGGGAGCUGGGGUAUUGGUUCGUGAAUCCGAACAUGCCGUACAGGACUGUGGAUAUCAUAUCCCGCACAGGCGUUGGGCGCGACAACUACAUCAUGGACAGAGACAAGCAGUUGUGGAAGAACCAAGGCACGGUCAUUUGCUCAAGCAAGUCGCGCCUGAUGCAUGACCAGGCGGGCGUGCUCGCCAUCCUGGAGAAGGACAAGGCUGGUUUCAUGAAGACGCUGGAUGAGUUCUUGGAGUCCAAGGGGGCCAAGGGCGAAGGAGUCGGCGACGGCGCUGACGCGGCGAUGCCGGAUGGCAGCGCUGCGCUCGCGGACGCUGCCGCCGCUUCUGACGACGAGAGCGAGGACGCGGAGUUGGUCGGCCGUGCGGCUGGCCCAUCGUCAAGCCCGCCCGUGCGCCUCUCGGGCAAGUCUUCUCCAGCACAGCCGUCGCCGUCGCCGCCAGCAUCGCGCGUGGGUGGCCCGCUGAAGAGGCUCAAGACCUUCGGCGCCUCGGCGAUCUCCGACACCGCCUCGGCUGCUGGAGAUGAGACCCAAUCCAAUGCUGGGGCCUCCGAGCUGUGCAUGCUGGCCCCCACGGGCUCCUCGCAGGGGGAGUUGCAAUCGCGCGGGGGUGGGUCCAUGCGCAGGCGAAAGACGAUGAGUGCGCUGCCAGGCACGGGUGCACUCGACCAUUGGAAAUCGAAGAUCAGCUUGGCCAUGGUGAUGAGCGGCCAGGUCGACGGGAGGACGAUCAGCGCUUGCAAGAAGGCGGCCGCGAGGAUGACCCAGAGCGAGGACGAUGCCGUGAAGGCGGAGGCGCAGUUGCUCAACAACUUCAUCAAGACGAUCGUCACGGCGCAGUGCCUCCAAGUACAGAACAUGCCGACGUGCUUCCCCGGCGACUUGAAGCUGUACGUGCGGAAGAUGGUGGAGGAGGAUGUCAUAUGGCCUUUGCCCAACAUGGAGAAGUUGCUUCACCUUCGAUUGGCGGAUCUUCAAAAGCUUGGCGACAUGAAGGCUCUGUUCGAUGCGUUGGAUCCCUUCAGCAACUCAGUCAAUGGCAAGUUUGACCCUGAGUGCCCUCGGCUUGCCGACAUCCCCCUUCCGAUGGCCUCCAAGACGAAGCUGCUCGUCCACAUCUCCAUCGAGACCCUUCUCCUCGGGAUGAUCGGCAAGGGCGCGGACUCCCAGGGCCAGGUGAAGACUUACACGACGAUCUGCAUCGACAAGUUCGAGGAUGUGGACCUGGUGUGUUUGGACGGCCCCUCUGGCGCGUGCAUCUCGGAGUGCCUCGACACGUGGAGGGCAGUAUUGGGGCUGGUGUCGACGUCAUUGGACCCAUCGUUGGAGGACCCAGUCAAUAAGUUGCACGCCGCUCUCGGCAAAACGACCAGGUCGCCCUUGGUCGUCGUGGCGGCUGCAGUCGCGAUGAACCCUUGGUAUGAAAGCCAGAUGCGGGAUUUCAUCGAGCACGCCCCUGGUCUGAGACAGCAUCACGGCCGCGUCGUGGAGAUCGACAAGUUCGCGAACGAGUUUACCGAGGGAGAGGCCAUGUACGAACAGUUGGCCGAUGCGUUCAAGGAGCUCUCCGAGAUGAAACCCGCGCUGAGGCUGGGGUCUUUGGACUCCACGGAGCGACUGCUGAACGUGUGCUUGGAGAAGCAGCGCGUGUACACGAAGGAUGGGUCGCACCCAGCGGCCACCUUGCAGAAGUGGAACCGCGUGCUCGCCGAGGCGAUCGGCUUGCACCCGCACGACGCGAAGAUCCACCAGUGGAUGGAGGAGAGUGCGGAGGCGCUGGUCAAGCUCGACCAAGGCUCCAAGAUCGAGGCGCUGCGCACCCUCUCCAAUGGCGUUGUGGAGGCGUGCGUGCGCAACCCGCAGUUCUCCACCAUCGCGGCCGUCUCUUCUAAGGUUGACCCUUUGCUGGGCGCCGUGACUGGAGCGCACGUCGACCCCAACUACUUGACUGACCACCACGCCGAGGCCAUGUUGGAGUGCGCCAUCGCCCUGGGCGAGACCGUGGCCUUCGAGGUGACCAUGCAGAAUGUGAGUUCCAUCGACGCGGCCGCCGCCGAGAAGUUACUGAGCGUCUCCAUGAAGCUGGCCGCGGUCGUCGGGGCCAAGGCCAACUUCGGGUGCGCCUACGCGCCGCUCUUGCAGAAGGUCGUCUGGUUGAUGUCGCAGUGGGUUGACUUUCAAGGCGUCGCCUCGCUGCUCGAGCAACCGCCCCUCAUCGAGAACAUCUUGGCCUUCAGCAGCUUCGACGCGAAGAUCAAGCAGCUCAAGCAGGCGGCUGUUGAGGUGGACGAGAUGAUGACUGCCACCCAGGGUCGCGACGACUACACGGCCAUCAAGCUGAAGCAGUUCCUCGCAGAGAGUUCGGCGAGCUUGACGAGGAUCCUGGACGCCAACGCGGCCGCCAAGAAGGAUGCAGUGAUCACGGCAUCAGUGGAGUUGGCCAAGGUCGCUUCGGGCCCGCAGGCGGACGACAACGCCCCCAUCGUGAAGUGGCAGGACACGUUCAAGGGCUCGACGUUCUCCGACUUCUUGGCCCACUGCGACGACACCGUCUUGAAGAUCAACCCCAUCGGGCACAAGAAACUCAUCGAUGACGGACUGGAGGCCGCCGCCGCGUACAAGGAGGCCGCCGAGUUGAGCGGCGCCGAGCCCUCCACGGUCGUCCUCGAGAACGCGGCGGCGGCCGUGCUGAACGCCCAGGUCUCCAAGGUCAGCGGCGUGCUCGCCCACAAAUUCAAGACGGUGACAGAGUUGCAAGUCUUGCGGGGCGCCGUCCAGUCCGAGCUGCUGGCGUUCCGUGCUGAGACCAAGCUGAAAAAAGAGGUGCCGUCCUUGCCGCAAUCUCCUCGGCGCGGCGGCCUGGCGGGCGCUGGUCCCGCCCGCGCACGGGCCGCGGAGCGAGACCACGCGGGCGCCGUCCGCGUAGCAGCCGCAGACCGCGCAGAAGACGAGGCGGCGCGGCCCCUCGGCCUCGGCGCGUCUCCAGAGGCGGUGCGUCUCGUCGAAGCUCACGUUCCACCAGCGCGGGCGGGCGCCCGCGGCCUCGGCGCCUUGCGCAGCCUCGGCGCCUGCAGCCUCGCCGCUCUCCUCCGCGUCGCCGUCGGCGUGCUGGGCUCCUGGGCGGGCCUGGGCCGCCAGCGCCGCUGCUGCCACCGCGGCUGCGGCGGCUGCUCCCGCGCCCUCGGCGCCGCGUCGGCGUCGCAGAGCCAGCGCGUCCCGCUCACGUCCGAGACCGCCGUGCCGUGCGCCCCGCAGGGCCAGCGUCUGCAGCCUGGCCCGCCGUCGCGGCAGCGCGUGGUUCCGCAGAUGACCGCUCGAAACGCGAGG